UGAACUCCUCAUUGCCUCUCUAAAAACCUCUCAGACUCAAAUCAAAUCCCUUCCCUUUUUAUUCAAAAAACUCAACAGAAAAAAAAAAUGGCGCGAAUUCUCUUCCGUCUUCUCGGAGAAUCCACCACCACCACUCCGUCGUCCGUGGCAGCCACCUCCACCGCUUCCUUGAACUCCGAUCUCGUCGUCAUCCUCGCCGCUCUCAUCUGCGCCUUGAUCUGCGUCCUCGGUCUGAUCGCCGUUUCUCGAUGCGUCUGGCUCCGUCGUCUCGCCGCCGGUACCAGAACCUCCUCCGGAUCUCACGACGGUUCCGGCCAGUCUCCUCCUCCGCAUCAGGUAGCAGCCGCGAACAAAGGCCUUAAGAAGAAAGUGUUACAGUCCCUCCCGAAGAUCACUUUCUCGCCGGAAUCGGAGAAAUUCGCCGAGUGCGCGAUCUGUCUGACGGAAUUCGCCGCCGGAGACGAGCUCCGUGUUUUGCCGCAGUGUGGUCACGGGUUCCACUUGUCAUGCAUUGACACGUGGCUGGGGUCUCACUCGUCUUGCCCUUCUUGCCGUCAGAUCUUGGUGGUUGCCAGGUGUCAUAAGUGUGGAGGUUUGCCUGGGAGCUCUAGCUCCGGAUCCGAACCUGAACCCGAACCGGAACCUGAAAUCGUGAUCCGAAUUAAGCAAGGCGAAGAUGAUCCUAGCUCUUACUUGCCCUGAUUCGUUUGUUUGGUUCCUUCUUCUUCUUGUGUUUAGAUAUCUUUAUAAUUAAAUGGAGUUUAGUGGGUAGUGUUUUAUUCUCUCAAUGUGUACAUGUUUAUAAUGUAAUUUUGUAAAUGUUGUAUGAAAAUUGAAAUUUAGCGAUUGGCGUUUACUUCGUCGAGUUUACGGUUUACCAAAUGGAAAUUCAACGAUUUGUAGAUCUACUCGAAGUUGAUCUCACCGAAUCGUCUGAUUUGUUUAAGGUGUGUAAGUUUAUGCUUUAAGCUUUCCCCCUCCCUACCCCAUGAAAAUUGAUAAGUAUGUUUAAGCUUUUAUGCAUUGUAUACUAUUAUAAGUCCGAGAAAAUGACUAGAGCGUAUUUGAAUAUAUUGAUUUACAAUUCUGAU